CUUUGUGCACAUGGGUGUCUGUCACAUAAUGACAACAAACUACAGACUUUGGCUCCAAUACGCGCGAAUGGACGAAUAUUGAAUUAUUAAUUGAAUGACAGCACAUUGGUUUAUUGUAUUUUGCUACCUUUACGAUAUACAUUAACCAAAAAUGACUGACAAAGCUAAACUAAAGGAAGAAACCAAGAAACAAAUUCGAGGUCUGAUUCUGUCGUCCCCAGUCGGGCUGACGCUGAGGGAGCUGAGAACAGAUUAUGAAAACUUCAUCGGACCCCCAAUACCCUACAGACAGCUGGGAUACAACAGCAUAGAGGAUUUCCUACAAGAUAUCCCGGACACUGUUUGUCCAUCAUGGGAGAAGGGUAUUUUAAUCCUCAAAGCACCAACGGAUCCAACUACUCAGCAUAUCGAGCGACUUGUGUCAAGACAGAAGAUCCCCAACAAGAAGAAAUGGGCUGUAUUACGGAAGCCACCACCAAGACGGAAUACAUAUCGCCCUGCUCCAAUAGUACCCAGUCACUUAAGAAAUCAAAUUCAGAACUUAUUCAAGAGCUACGGUGAUGGCUUGCCAAUCACACAUUUUGAGACUUGUUUUUCAAAGAGAUUUGGGUAUCAGCUUGAUUAUAAAAAACUCAGAUUUGACACUUUGAGUGACCUCUUGGAAAGUAUUCCCUCAGUGGUGAAGCUCCUUCCUUUUCAGAAUGGAGAAUUGAGGGUUGUACCGACAGAUUUUUAUUCUGGUGCGCCCCUAAGACGAAAUGUUUCUCCAAAAGCAAACAGUGUUCAUUCAGCAUCUGCCGCAGCAGAUACAGUUAUAAAUCAAACAUCACAGCGCCGUCAGUCACAGCCCUCAGCGACAUAUCCAGGGUCACAAACAUAUACAAACACUGACACACAAAACAAGAAGCCUUCAUCACACCACCAAUCUCAAACUUCAGCCAACAUUCCUUCUCUUAUGAGCCUGCCAAUUCAAAACACAACCCAAAGGCCAUGUGUGCAGAAUAUGGGCUACCCAAAUCCACAGAUGCAGGUGAUCCAAUCAGGUAACAUGCUGUAUCAUGUGCCUGUUAUUCCCAAUGUGCAUAUUCCAACUAGCGUACAAUACCUUCCACAACCGAUGCUGACUCCGCAGAUGACGAUGUAUGUGCCACAACCACCAGUCAGUGUCCAGACUACAUCACACGUCUACAGCCCUGCUGCUUCAAGGCAACCCCUUCCUACCAUGACCACCGACAGUAGUCCGAUAUUACAGGAACCACAUUGUGUGGCUGCGCCAAGCAAAGACGUUACAUUACCAGAUGACCGCAGACUGGCACAGCAAUCUAGGGACAGCAUAAAGUCUUGCAACAGCUCCUUGGAUUCUACCGAGUUUAUGUUUGAUGAUGACUGUGGAGUUUCCCCCGAGUUGCAGGAAGAAAUCAAACAGGUCCUGGAGAGAAGACCGAAGGGAAUAUGGGCUAGCAGGCUGCCGUUCGAGUACAAGGGAAUGUUCAACAAGGAGCUGCCAUUUAGGGAAUUGGGAUUUCACAGCGUGGUGGAGUUUAUGUCGACACUUCCAAAACAGCUUGUCGAGAUCCAACGCCCCAACAAGAAGGGAGACUUUCUUCUACUUGGUGCUCACUACAAGACAGAGGAACACGAUGAGGUUGAGAGGAAGGCAACUGGGGCCGUGCCAUCCAAAGAAGGGCUGCAGAGCCCUAAAGAGAACCAAAGUUUCCGAGAGAGCGUCCGGCAGGUCCUACAGGCUCACCAGGAAGGGAUUCUCAUGCAGGAGUUCCCAGCUAAAUACAAGGAGAUGACUGGAAGGACAUUGAAGAACGAAAUUGCCUACUGUGGCUCCCUGGAGAAACUGUGUAUCUCUCUCACAGACGAUGUGCUGCAGAUCAACUACAAGGGGGAUGGCUGCCUCAUGCUGUACGCCAUCUACUCCGACCUGGCCCGGAAGUUUGACCAGUUGCUGGACACCUACCAGCCGCUUGCUGUCACUGAGGCACCUCCCAAUGUUCAAGACAGUCUACCUGCGGACGCAGUGGGACCAGGGUCAUACUACACACAGCUCCCUCUGCCAGACUUCUCCGACUACGUGGAGAUCUUCGUGUCCAACAUCGUCUCUCCGGGAUUGUUCUGGACUCAGUUCCGGGAGCGGAACAACACCAAAGCUCUGGAGAGACUCAUGGAUGAUCUGGAGUUUUAUCGGAGCAGCAGUGGCAACCAGUACAAGGUUCCGGAGUCGCUGCUGGCCGUGGGGCAGGUGGUGGCUGUGUUGUUCCCCGAGGACCAGAACUGGCACCGUGGCAUCAUCACCAGCAUCAGGACCAUGGACUUCGUGGACGUGUACUACGUUGACUACGGCAACACCUGCUCCGUGCAGAAGAAGACACUGAGACUACUGCGGUCCCGUUAUCUCAAGCUUCCCGCCCAGGCUGUUCAGGCGAGACUGUCCAACAUUCAACCUUCAGGGGAGAAAUGGACCGAACAAGGAAAGCUGGAGAUGCUGAAGAUUUGCACGAACAAGCCGAUGAUAGCGCUGAUUACUUCUCAGAAGAGUCGAGUGCUGUCCAUGUGUCUGACAGACACCACCUCGGAUGUCGACCUCCAUGUCAAUGACCACUUGGUUCAUGAGGGGUACGCAGUGUUCACUCCGGAUGAGCUGCAGACAGUCCCCCUGUACCCGGACAACCUGAGAGAGGUUCCGGAUGAUGCUCUUAUAUAUGGCAUCACAUCUGGCGGCUCACCAACAGGUGACGCUGCCAAACACUCUGUUGCCAUGGAUACUGCAGGUCAACCUGAAAGUGCUGGAUCGGGAUCAGAAGGAGGCAGUCCAAGAUUUGUUCGUCCAAUGGAGUUGACCCCUGACCUCUGUGUGCAUGUGAUCAACUGGGAGGCAGAACCGUGGAUCAUCUCCGCGGAAAUAUCAGCUCUCUUCUGGGAGGAGGAUAUCCUCCGGUCCAUGCUGCAGACGAGGCACAUGCUUGUGAAGAAACAAGUCCUCAGCCAGUCGGACUACCCCCAUCUGUUCCAGGACAUGCUGUUCUACGGAGUGAAGUCCAUGCAUGGGCACAAGACCUACAUCACCAUCUAUGCACUGAAAGGACUGCCAGAAAUCUUGGAUGCCUUUGAUCAUCCGAAUACAAGACUGAAAGCACGAGUGGAGGAGAUACUCCGGGACUUCGAUCCAAAUGACCUCUACUGGCAGGGUGACGAUGCAGAUAUGGAGGCAGACAUUCAGCGAGAGUUGGAGGAGACACAGUUGGGGGUGGAUGAACUCAAGCUGACCCUGCAGGCAUUACAGUUCAAGAGGAAGCGUAUUCUGCAGAGCCUGCUGUCUGUGACAGGGAGUGAGUCAGAGUAUGUCAACCAGCUGCAUGAGGUGGAGAUGCAGAUCAGUAAAACCAAGGAGCUGAUGGAGGAGGUGGAGGCCACACUGGGGCUGGAUGUACAUGCAGCAGAAACAUUUGAUAAAGGCUGCAGAUCAGAAGGACAAGUGGCCAUGUCACCUGAAAAGAAUAUCAAGACAAACCGUGUGGCUCCACUCAUUGUAAACCCAGUCUCACCUCAGAAGAAUAUAAGCACCACACCAGCAACAGAUACAAGUAACGCCCAAGCAACCACCAAUCCAAAUACCAGUAACAUGAUGCAUCAACAGCAGCUCCUCCAAUCAAUGAUGGCAACACAAGCCAGCAUGCAAGCUCUGGAUCCUGCCAUGAUGAGUAUGAUGUUCCCCAUGAUGUCAAAUAACAUGAUGCAGAUGCCAGCCCUGGGACGAGGACAGAAUACAUCCCUUCUUCCAGGACUACAGAACUUUGUGAAUGGUGGCCUUCCAAACGUUGGUGCUAUGAAUACGGGUAGUCAAAAUGUGAACUCGUGCCUCUCCAGCAUGAACGUUAGGUCUCCGAAUAUGAACCCAGGUAUGCCAGCCAUGGGAAUGCCUGGUCUCCAGGGCCUGAUGACCAUGCCCAACCUUCAGGCACUCAUGACCUCCGGCCAGCAGGUGCCAGCUGUGUCGAGCAACCCACGACUCUCUGCUCCUCAAGCCACCAUGGGGGAUCUUCAAGGAAUGCCCAACAUGUCCAACAUGAGCAAUCUGCAGAAUCUACUGGGAAUGUCCAGUGUAGCUUCUGGGCAGACAAGUAAUCCUCAGAAUAUGACUCUUCUCCCGGAGCUUCUACCUCUGCUUGACAAUCUUAACAUAAGGGGUAACAAUGGCUUUGGAAACCAGUGACAAAACAGAGUAGGGCUUCCUGACAGACUGGAGUCUUGUCUGUUGGACAAUCUUACCACUGGAUCUGGGAUGUCCGACCUGGCUUCCCAACAGACUGGAGUCUUGUCGGUUGCUAUAGGCAGCAACACUGGCAUUGAGAACUAAUGACAUGACCCAAGAGCAUUUUUGACUGGAAUGUCCGAUCUGGCUUGACUCUUCUAUCUCUACUUGGCAGUCUUGUCGUUGUCAUACAAUCAUAUAUGGUACUCCUUGUAAGCAAAAAAACCGUUAGGUAAGUAUACAGAAAGACAUGCAAGGUAUAUAUUUAAAGUGUUGUGAAAGUCAGACUCCUCAACAUUUUGUAUUUGUAUUUCUGCAGCAUUGAGAAUAGGACUGUUUGGUCAAAUAUAAUAAUGCAGUAUAAUUCUUUAUGUUAUGCAAGUUCAGGAAGGUAUGUGGAUGCUUGGUGAAGGUAACACAACAGUUAUUGGUAUGUAAAUGUCUUGGUGUCUGAUUUUGAUAUUGCUUAAAAUUUUGUAUGAGUGCAAAUAUUGUGACUUAAACAUCAUUAGUCUAGUUGAAAGGCUUUUGAUCACAUUGUUGCCUAGAAAGCUCUAGUUGACAAAAUAUGAGCUUUCUAUUGGAUCCUUGUGUUAUACGUUUCUGAUUGGUCAAUGGUGCUCUCAAAGUGCUGUAGUUGUGGGCAUUGUAUACACCAUUGUCAAGUUAUACAUCAUUAUCAAUCAGUCAUUAUAUUCUUUAGUGUAAGCUCUGCUAAUAACAAGUUUUACAGAAAAACAGACAGAUGAAUACUGAGGGUAAGAAACUAUAGCCCAGUAGAAUGGAUGUGAUUUAGCUGUGAUCAAAUCACAUGCCCAGUCACAGGUUUUCUAUGUCGCAUCUUCCUGGUUUCAUAGCCUCUACUAUUUCUUGUAUCACAUUAUGUUCUUUCAUAAAGGUUGUUAGGAUGAAUUUCAGGCUCUAUCUUCCUUCUGUUUGUAUUUGAAUUAGUUCGCUGUGAUUGGUCGAGGAUUUAUCCCUUCAACCUUUCAACAUACUGUGUAUUACCUAAGAGUAUUAGGUGGAUAAAUAUUUAUCAUUUAUGUUUAUUUCUUUAGAACAGUUGGUUGGAUUUCCUUUUGUUACUAUGUAAUUAUCAAGCCAUUAUUUCAACCUGUGCGAUGUGUGCAAAUUUAUUUUCAUUUUGAAAUAUUGUUCAUUGUGUUUCAUCAAGUCUGAAGGUUUACUAUAUGUGUAUAUUGGCAAUAAACCUGUUUUUUAAAAUAACUGA